AUGGGUUCUUGUUCUUGUUCUUUGUUGUUUGUCUCGUUCUUGAUCACUGUUAUGACCGUUCUUGCUUCUAAAGAGAACGAUCAUGAGUUAUUACAACAUCCUCAUAACUCUCUAAGCAGUUGGGUUUCAGUUUCUUCUUCUUCUAAUACUUCUUCUGUUGGUGUUUGUAACUGGUCUGGUGUGAAGUGUAACAAAGAGAGCACCCGAGUUAUAGAGCUAGACGUCAGUGGUAGAGAUCUCCGCGGUGUCAUCUCACCGUCCAUUGCUAAUCUAACAGCUUUAACGGUUCUUGAUCUUUCAAGAAACUUCUUCAAAGGAAAAAUCCCACAAGAGAUAGGCUCAUUGCAUAGAACCUUGAAGCAGCUAAGCCUCUCUGAGAAUCUCUUACAAGAAAACAUUCCACAAGAGCUUGGUUCGUUUAACCGUCUUGUUUAUCUCGAUCUUGGAAGCAACCGGUUAACCGGUUCAAUCCCGGUUCAGCUCUUUUGCAAUGGCUCUUCUUCAUCUCUCCAAUACAUAGACCUCUCCAACAAUUCUUUAACCGGAGAAAUACCUCUAAAGAAGGAAUGUCAUCUCAAAGAGCUUAGGUUUCUUCUCCUCUGGUCCAACAAGCUCGUCGGGACUGUCCCGUCUUCGCUAUCGAACUCUACAAAUCUCAAAUGGAUUGAUUUGGAGUCAAAUCUGUUAACAGGAGAGUUACCUUCUCAAGUCAUAAGCAAGAUGCCACAACUUCAGUUUCUUUACCUUUCUUAUAACCAUUUUGUUAGCCACAACAACAACACCAACCUCGAACCGUUCUUCGCCUCUCUCGCCAAUUCCUCUGACCUACAAGAGCUCGAGUUAGCAGGAAACAGCCUUGGAGGAGAGAUUUCUUCUUCCAUAAGGCACCUCUCUGUAAAUCUUGUGCAGAUUCAUCUUGAUCAAAACCGUAUCCAUGGCUCUAUACCUCCAGAGAUAUCAAACCUUUUGAACCUAACCCUUCUAAACUUGUCGAGUAACCUCUUGUCCGGUCCAAUCCCGCUUGAGCUAUGUAAGCUAAGCAAGCUCGAAAGGGUUUAUCUCUCGAAUAAUAUCUUAACCGGAGAAAUUCCCAUGGAACUCGGGGAUAUACCUCGUCUUGGUCUUCUUGAUGUUUCAAGAAACAAGCUCUCUGGUUCAAUCCCUGAUACUUUUGCAAACCUUUCUCAGCUGAGAAGACUUUUUCUAUACGGUAACAAUCUCUCUGGUACGGUCCCUCAAAGCCUUGGAAAAUGUAUCAAUCUUGAGAUUCUUGAUCUCUCUCACAACAACCUCUCAGGGAAGAUUCCUGUUGGAGUUGUCUCCAAUCUUAGAAAUCUGAAGUUGUAUCUUAACCUCUCUAGCAACCACUUAACCGGGGGGAUACCUUUGGAGCUAAGCAAAAUGGAUAUGGUUCUCUCCAUUGAUCUGUCUUCCAACGAACUCUCGGGGAAGAUUCCACCUCAGCUCGGAAGCUGCAUUGCACUAGAACAUCUGAAUCUUUCAAGAAACGGUUUCUUUGGUAUGCUUCCAACAUCAUUAGGCCAAUUGCCAUAUCUGAAAGAGAUAGAUGUGUCUUUAAACAGAUUAACUGGAGCUAUACCGCCUUCUUUUCAGCAGUCGCCGACUCUCAAGAACUUGAACUUCUCCUUCAACUUGUUCUCCGGGAACAUAUCUGAUAAAGGAUCAUUCUCUAAGCUGACUAUUGAGUCUUUUCUUGGAGAUGCUCUCUUGUGUGGUUCUAUAAAAGGGAUGCAAGCCUGCAAGAAGAAACAUAGGUACCAUUCUGUUCUUCUACCGGUUCUGUUAUCGUUGAUUGCAACUCCUGUUCUGUGUGUUUUUGGGUAUCCUCUGAUCCAAAGAUCAAGAUUUGGAAAGAAUCUAACAGUGUAUGACAAAGAAGAGGUGGAAGAUGAGGAAAAACAGAACCGAAAUGACCCGAAAUAUCCAAGAGUAUCGUAUGAACAGCUCAUAGCUGCAACUGGAGGUUUCAAUGCUUCUAGCUUGAUUGGUUCAGGAAGAUUUGGUCAUGUUUACAAGGGAGUUCUCAGGAACAACACUAAGAUCGCGGUUAAAGUACUCGAUCCAAAGACCGCAGUGGAGUUCUCGGGGAGUUUUAAAAGAGAAUGUCAGAUCUUGAAGAGAACAAAGCACAGGAACUUGAUUAGGAUCAUUACAACCUGCAGCAAACCUGGUUUCAAGGCUCUUGUUCUGCCACUGAUGCCAAAUGGAAGCUUGGAGAGGCACUUAUACCCGGGAGACUACUCGAGCAAGAACUUGGAUUUGAUUCAGUUGGUGAACAUAUGCAGCGAUGUCGCGGAAGGAAUAGCUUACUUGCAUCACUAUUCACCUGUCAAAGUUGUUCACUGUGAUCUCAAACCGAGCAACAUCCUUCUUGACGAUGAAAUGACCGCUCUGGUUACAGAUUUCGGGAUUUCAAGAUUGGUUCAGGGCCUUGAAGAAACAGUUUCUACAGAUGAUUCAGUAUCAUUUGGAUCAACAGAUGGAUUGUUAUGUGGAUCAGUUGGUUACAUUCCACCAGAAUAUGGGAUGGGGAAACGUGCAUCAACCCAUGGAGAUGUGUACAGUUUUGGGGUACUCCUACUAGAGAUUGUAAGCGGAAGGAGACCAACAGAUGUUCUUGUCAAUGAAGGAUCAAGCUUACACGAGUUUAUGAAGUCGCAUUACCCGAAUUCUCUAGAGGGAAUCAUCGAACAAGCGUUGAUUCGAUGGAAACCGCAGGGGAAACCAGAGAGAUGUGAGAAGCUAUGGAAAGAAGUCAUAAUGGAAAUGAUUGAGUUGGGAUUGAUAUGUACUCAAUACAAUCCUUCAACUAGGCCUGACAUGCUCGAUGUAGCACACGAGAUGGGACGGCUUAAAGAGUAUCUCUUUGCUUGUCCUUCUCUUUUGCAUAUUCCAUCUCAAGAUACACAUGGAGAAGCUAGUUCAUGA